ACAGUAAUAAAUCAAUCCAUCAAUCAAUCAAUCAAUCAAUCAAGCAACUAAUCAGUCAGUAAAUCAAUCAGUCAAUCGAAAAGUAGCAAUUUCGAAUUGAUCGGUCAGCGUUUGCGACAAGUGAUGAGGAGCUCUGGUAGUUUUGGACGAAUCCUUAGUGCAGAGGGAUCGCCAGGCGACGGCAAAGAGCACAUUUAUGGUUGUCAAAGUCAAUGGGGAGGAGGAGGAGGAGGAGGAGGAGUAGGAGGUGGGGGAGGAGGGUUAGGAAGACAGCAGAGUCCAAGCACUUGUCAGUGGCUGAGCAGUGCUAACAACAUGUGUAGCAGCUGCGGCAGCUACGUGGGGUGCUCCACAAGUGGAUGCAAAACUUGUGCUGCUAACAAUCCCAAUGGUGGCAGCCACGGAGCAGGUUCAAGUGGAGGUGGAGGUGGAGGGGGAGGUGGUCUUCAUGCUCGUAGUGGCAGUAGAGGAUCUCUAAGGAGUAGCAGAGUGGGAUUGGGAAGUGGAGGUGGAUAUGGAGGAGGAGUAGGAGGAGGAGGAGUAGGAGGAGGAGUAGGAGGAGGAGGAGGAGGAGGAGGAGGCCAGGGAGCCAGCGCAAGGGCGCUGGGCGUGGUCAUUCCCCACGAUCUUCUCCCGACAGACUCUGUAUCACUGCGGCAAUCCAUCCAACACCACUACAAUUAUACCCUUGCUAAAUGGGGAAGAGAUCCCGACGGUCAUGAUGUCUACGUGUCGACGGCGUUGAGCGUUCGUGAUCGGUUGACUGAGAGAUGGCAAUCAACGCAAGACUACUUCCAGCGAAAGGACGUGCGCCAUGUGUGCUAUCUUUCGUUGGAGUAUUUGAUUGGAAGGUCUUUGCAGAAUUCUGUAUACAACAUGAAGCUUCAGGAUUCAUACUCCGGCGCUUUGCAACAGAUUGGCUACAGGCUGGAGGAUGCGUUUGAGCAUGAGCAUGACCCUGCUCUUGGCAAUGGAGGACUAGGCCGAUUAGCAAGCUGCUUCCUAGACUCGAUGGCUACACUCAAUCUUCCUGCCUCGGGGUAUGGUAUCCGAUACAGGUAUGGGAUGUUUGAACAGCGCAUAAUAAAUGGGAAACAAGUCGAGUUACCGGACUGCUGGCUGACAGUUGGCAAUCCAUGGGAAGUGGAGAGAUUAGAUGUGCAAUAUCCGGUGCGAUAUUAUGGCCAUGUCAAAGAUUACUCUGAUGGGAACAAGCUGCGGUUCAAGUGGGAGGGAGGGGACAUCGUCAAGGCAGUUGCGUACGACACACCUAUCCCAGGAUUUGGCACAUACAACACGAUCAACUUGCGCCUUUGGAGUGCUUUGCCUUCAAAUGGCCUGGACCUCAUGAGAUUUAAUGCGGGGCAACACGUGCAGGCUGUCGACUCCAAGGCACGUGCUGAGGCGAUUAGCAGCGUCCUGUACCCGAAUGAUAAUUCUGAGGCUGGAAAGGUGCUUCGUUUGAAGCAGCAGUUCUUCUUUGUGAGUGCCACUCUGCAGGACCUUGUGGCCAAGUACAAGGUGACUGGGAAACCGCUGAGCCUCUUCCAUGACAAAGUGGCGAUCCAGCUCAACGACACCCAUCCUACCAUUGCCAUCCCGGAGCUCAUGCGGCUUCUGCUUGAUGAUGAGAAUAUGGAAUGGGUGGAUGCAUGGCACAUAACAACAAGAACAUUCUCAUACACCAAUCAUACAAUUCUUCCGGAGUCUCUGGAGAGAUGGCCGGUUCCGAUGAUUGAAGCACUUCUUCCCCGACACAUGGAGAUCAUAUACGAGAUCAAUCACCGUCAUUUGCAGGAAGUGGCAUCUCGGUGGCCAGAUGACAUGGAGCGCCUCAGUAAGAUGAGUAUCAUUGAAGAGAGCUGGCCGAAGAUGGUUCGCAUGGCUAUGCUGGCUACCAUUGGGUCACAUACAGUGAAUGGGGUCUCUCAGAUCCACUCACAGCUAGUUAGAACGCGGCUCUUUCGAGAUAUGGUUGACAUGUGUCCUGGGAAGUUCCAGAACAAGACGAACGGAGUGAGCCCGCGACGAUGGAUACUUGUUGCCAAUCCAUCCCUCAGUGCGGUAUACACGAAAUGGCUUGGAUCAGAGGAAUGGGUCCAUGAUCUAGCACGUCUUCAGGAAAUGAAAGCGCAUGCUGAAAAUCCCGAACUUCAGGCCGACUGGAGAGCUGCAAAACAAGCAAAUAAACGCAGACUGGUGGCCUACAUCGAAAAACUCUGUGGCAUAACGCUGAAUGAAGAGGCGCUGUUCGAUGUUCAAGUGAAACGCAUCCACGAGUACAAGAGGCAGUUGCUUAACAUCCUUAGUGUUAUUCAUCGCUAUCAUUUCAUCAAGAAGCUUUCCCCAGCCCAGCGAGCGGAUGUUGUACCGCGUGCAGUCAUUUUUGCAGGCAAGGCAGCGGCAGGGUACUUCCUUGCGAAGUGCGUCAUUCAACUGAUUAAUCAAGUAGCAGACCAUGUGAACAAUGAUCCAGAUGUCGGCGAUCUCUUGAAGGUUGUGUUUCUUCCAAAUUUCAACGUCACCAUGGCAGAGGUCAUCAUUCCUGCAAGUGACAUAUCACAGCACAUCUCCACUGCUGGCAUGGAAGCCAGUGGCACUGCAAACAUGAAAUUUGUAAUGAACGGUGGGCUCCUCCUUUGCACAAUGGAUGGUGCAAAUAUUGAGAUUGCUGAGGAGAUUGGCUACGAGAACAUGUUCAUCUUCGGUGCUCUUGCUGAUGAGACGGACGGUCUACGGCAUGCCAUGAAGUACCGUGAGGCGGGAAGCGAUGAGCGCUUGCACCAUGUCAUCCGACAUAUUCAGACUGGAGGCUUUGGUUCAUACCACGAGUUCCGCCACAUUGUCGAGUCGCUUCUGCAUGGGAAUGACUUCUACCUCGUUUCUCACGACUGGCCUUCGUACCUGAUGGCGCAGGAUGCGGUUGAUCGAGUCUUCUGCGAUGCCUUUGAGUGGACAAGGAGGUCAAUCGUAAGUGCACCACUUCCUCUUUGAGAUCAGGCCCCCGUUUUUCCUGUUUAAGUAGUGGGCCUACUGGCGUACCUCAGCUGGUACACCCAUGAACUGUUGGAACAGCGAUCUGAGUUCAAAUUCCAGUGGAAUCUGAUGAGAAAAAUAACAGGUGCUCCACAUGGGACCCGUCAUUUUGAGACUAGGCAAUCAGGCCUGGGGGGAACAUGUGGGCCCGGUUGGACCAAAGGUCAACCCAGUGAGUGGGGUCAUGUGCGGGCCCUGUGGGAGCGACCACAAGUGGAACAGAAUGCCCAUCUCAGACAACUCUGCAUCCAUUUGUCUGAGAAAUCAGGACAGCGUAGGAAUGGCCAAUCAAGAUAUCUUUCUUUGACUGGCACCCAGCGAAUAAUGUGGUCAUUUUUUUGAUGUCAAAUGGAGCCUUAAAAUCCAAGCUGUCUUCUGAAAACCGUUUUUGGGGUGUAAUGGGGUGUAGGAAAGAUUGUCUGCUAUGGAGUAAAUUGCCUUUUUGUGC